AUAUACACCCACAUAUCCUUAAUUCCCAAAUCUUAAUCUGAUUUUCUCUUUCCAAAAAAAAAACAAAUAAUUGCAUAUUGCCACAGGGGAGACCUUAGAACACAGACAAUUAACGUUAAUUAUUGUCAUUAGGAUGGAAUCUGUGUUCCUGAUAAUGAUGUUAAUCUUAGUGACGUCAGGUGGGGCGCUUGGAACGACGACGUACAACGUGGGGGAUAAUGCCGGUUGGACUAUACCUUCUAAUGGCGCCACCACUUAUUCCGAUUGGGCAAAAAACCUCAAAUUCUCUGUUGGAGAUGUCUUGGUCUUCAAAUUCACCACCGGAGCACACACGGUGGCGAGUGUGAAAACCAAGAAAGAUUACGACUCAUGCACCGCCGGGAAUCCGCUUCUGCUCGAAUCUAACGGUCCGGCGACCGUUACGCUCAAUUCCACCGGCGAGCACUAUUUCAUCUGCACACUCCACUGCACCAUAGGCCAAAAGUUAACGGUCAACGUCAGCUCCGCCGCCAAGGGGUCGCCGCCGUCUUCCCCGCCAAAGAGCAGCCCGGCCCCGGGUUCUAAUUCAUCGUCGCCGUCUCCGCCAGCAGCCAGAACCACCCCGUCUCCGAGUUCCAAUCCGGCAUCGCCGCCACCGCCAUCCAGCUCAACUCGCGCAACCAUGUUUUCAAGUGUACUAUUUUUACCGUUUUUGCUAGCGGCAUUGUAUUAAAACGUUUUUUGUUUUAAACGGAGCAUCGUAGGGUCCAUUCUUGUUUCAGUAUCGUUGAUGUGUGGUUUUUCUAAGCUAUAUUGUGUGGAAUUCAUAACUUUGUACUAUUUGAUUGAAUUGAAUAAAACCCUUGUUUGCAC